AUGAGUGUUGCCGAGCUGGCCAGUCUUGGCCUGGGCUUGCUGCGCCGGGCCGACGAAGAUGGCGACACUGGAGAGGAGGACUCGGCGCAAAAGGAAUUUUUCGCAGCCUGGGCCAUUUUCAUUUGCAUCCUGCUGCUCAUCAUCACCUUCUUCGUCAGCUACAUACUCCAAAUGAAAAAGGUCACGGCCAUUCAUGAGACGGUUAUAUCGAUUUUCGCUGGCAUGGUUGUCGGCCUCGUCCUUCUCAUCACAUCUGGCGACUCGAUUCGAUCACCCCUCAACUUUGACUACCAAAUCUUUUUCAAUCUUCUCUUGCCGCCCAUUAUUCUAUCCUCUGGCUACGAACUACACCAAGCCAACUUCUUCCGAAAUAUUGGCACUAUUUUGACCUUUGCCUUUGCCGGCACCUUUCUGUCGGCCGUCGUCAUUGGUCUGAUUCUAUGGCUCUACUCGCAGAUUCCCGGUUCUAUUAACAUGACCUUUGUCGACGCCAUCUCUGUCGGAGCCACCCUAUCUGCCACCGAUCCUGUCACCAUCCUCGCCAUUUUCAACGCCUACAAGGUCGACCCUAAGCUCUACACCAUCAUCUUUGGCGAGUCUAUUCUCAACGAUGCCAUUGCCAUUGUCAUUUUUGAGACGGCUCAGAGAUACAAAAAGGGCGAGGCUACCAGCCACGGAAUAAUCAGCUUCUUCGAAGGAACUGGCAUCUUCUUACUGAUUUUCUUUGGUUCCUUGAUGAUUGGUGUCAUUGCUGGUGUCGGCACCGCGCUGCUGCUCAAGUUUACCUACGUCCGUCGCUUCCCUAAAACUGAGAGCUGCGUCAUUAUUCUGAUUGCCUACGGAACAUACUUCUUCUCUCACGGCGUUCAUCUCUCUGGUAUCGUGUCGCUUCUGUUCUGCGGCAUCACGCUCAAGCACUACGCCUACUUCAACAUGUCGCGACGCACACAACUCACCACCAAGUUCAUCUUCCAGGUCAUGUCGCAGCUUGUUGAAAACUUCAUCUUCAUCUACCUCGGCCUUGCGCUCUUUACGGAAAGCGCUCUCCAGUUCCAGCCGCCGCUUAUCAUCGUCACAGUCUGCGCCGUCUGCGCUGCCCGAUGGGUCGCCGUCUUCCCCUUGUCCAGGAUCAUCAACGCCGUUAUUCGCUAUCGUGCGAGACGUCGCGGCCUUGAAGUCCGAGACGAGCUACCGUACAACUACCAGGCCAUGCUCUUCUGGGCCGGUCUUCGCGGCGCCGUCGGCGUCGCUCUCGCCGCCCUCCUUACUGGCGAGAACGCCCUAGCCCUGCGCGCCACCGUGCUGGUAGUCGUAGUGCUCACCGUCAUCAUCUUUGGCGGCACCACGGCCCGCAUGCUCGAGAUUCUGGGUAUCCGCACCGGCGUCGUCGAAGAAAUCGACAGCGACGACGAGUUCGACAUUGAGACGUCGUUUGGCGCCAGCCUCCAUAACAAGCGCUCCAGCUUUGGCGGCCGCCGCAACGGCAAUGUGGCCCUCUCCAACCUCGAGCGCGAGGGCCGCGGCGAAGCCGCCUUUGUGUCGAGCCACUCCUCGCCGCACAUUGACGGCAGCGGCCGCGCGCGCAGCAUCAGCCGCAAAAACUCGAACCGCGGCGGCGGCGACCUCGCCAACCCCGACGACUUUGAGCGCGCCAAUCUCCUCGGUCGCGGUGAUGAGUCGGACCUCGGCAGCGACAUUGACACAUCCGACCUGCCGCCUCCCGCGCGCCGCACCGGCGUCGGUAGCUCCUCCGCCUUCACGCCGCCUCAUGCUCCGAGCGCCUUCAUGAGCCCCGCCGAGCCCGCAUCCGAGCCCCUGACCGCUAGAGGCGCCAUCAGGCAGCUGCUCACCAGCGAGGACCCGGCAAGCCUAUUCCGCCAGCUCGACGAGGACUAUAUCAAGCCCCACCUACUACUGCAUGACGAUGGAGGCAGACCUCGAUCCGGAAACGGAGGAGGUGGAAGUGCAGUGUAA